AUGCAACGCUCUGGCCUACGUGAGAUACGCGAACUCUCAACACGUGGCGAGAUAAAGGUCACAAUCAGCGAUGAAGGAGGAGAGUUUGUGGUCAUAUCACGUGAACUAGACAUGGCUAUCACUCGAAAACAUCUGGAUGACGCUACACUCUACCACUUUUCGUCACAUGAAGAGUUCAUAAAACAGAGUCGCCGUCUCAAUAGAGUUUGGGUAGAGAUUGGAAAGGCUGCGGGGACAGCCGUAAGGGCGACAUCAGAUGUCCAGGAGCGGAUCGAUGCGAUCAACCUAGCGCAACGCAUCGCGAAUUCUAACGGUUACAUUGGUAAUGUAGCACGUAGGCCAGAUCUUGGUGCGCAGCAAGAAUAUGCCACACGGGUUGAGUCGAAUAAGAUCAAUUUCUGCCUGCCCUUCAUAACCGACGACCUGAGUAAAGCUAUACGGGCUAGUCUGGUGAAAUGCGGUCUCGAGGACCAAGUGAGAGUUGUGGAAAUACCUCCAACAAAUCUCAAAAAACAACUAGUUCGAAACAGAAUGUACGACCGCUUCUGUCUCACUCCAGACUGUGUAAUAUGCCCAUUCGGGAAGGAAGAGGACUUCAUGGUCUCUGGUGUAGUCUAUCUAAUUUCGUGCAAAACAUGUGGGGACCAAUACAUUGGCGAAACAGGGCGCCCCCUUUGUAUUCGCAUUAAAGAACAUCUAAGGGGGAUGAAACAAUCGAAUGCAGCAACUCCCCUCGGAGUUCACCGCAGACAAUGUCAUGAAAACGUUCCUUUCUGCGUAGCUGUCACAAUUCUAUCGUACGAACCCGAAAUUAUAGCUCGCAGAACUUUAGAAGCGUUUUGGAUAAAUGCAAAAGGUCCAAAAAUGAAUAGAAAGGAAGAGUGCUUAGCCGUGACCAACGAGCUGGCUCUGUAUCAAGACCUUUGCGGGUUUGAUCUACGGGGUCAUAUGCGGGUCGCAUCCUAA